AUGGCACCCGAGACCAUCUCGACAGGUUUGUUCAAGCUCCCCGCCGAGGUGAGAGCCACUAUCUGGCGAUAUGCCCUCUACCAAGACAAGCCGAUCAAAGUGCUUGCGCAACCUCAUCAACCCGGCAUUUCACGUAUAUGUUCUCAGUUCAGAGAAGAAACACUGCCAAUGUACUAUCAUGUCAACUCCUUCAUCCUCGACAAUUUGCAUUAUAGCUGCAACUAUCAACAUCGCCACCAAUCGCCCGCCUUCUGCACCUCCCCAACCUGCAGCUCGAAGAGGGUACGACCGGCAGCCUGGAUUGACGCGAUAGGAUAUAAGUAUUUGAAAUAUGUUACGAAGCUACACAUCACAGAGUCGACUGCUGAGUGGCUGACGGCUUUCGACCUAAGACUUGAGCAGAAUGUGAAGGAGGGUGUCCUUCGCCAUUUGCCCGGAUCGUGCUGGAAGGCCCACACUGGUGACAAGGACGGCGACGCAAGGUACUGGUACGGUCAUGAAGCUGGCGAUCCUCUGUCUGAGUUGCUGCAAGACAUUAUCGACCGCCUUCUCGAACCGGGGCUCUCCCCCAAGGCCAUUCAAGACAUAGCCAGGUGCCUGACAACAGACUUCGGUAUGGGGAAACUCAUGCCAACGCUGAGUUUCGCGGAGAUAGAACGGGUAGGCCGUCUGCCAGCCCGCGAGAUUCGCGAACUCAUGACAUGUUCUGAUUCUGAAGUGCGUGGUUGGGUGUCAUCUGUGGCCGAAGACGAGGGCAGGGCCUUCAGGACGGUGCUGUAUACCACGAUUCGGCACAUGCGAACAAGGUUUCAACGUUUGAAGGAUGAGGCAUGA